GGUAUUCCAGAAAGCUUGGUUAACUUACCAUUUGAUAAACUAUAACCUCUGGGUUGAUUUACCCCAAACAGGCAUACCAUGAGUAUGUCGGUUCCAAAACACCUGAGAAGAGUUAGUUUAAUCAACCUCUGACUGGUUACCCAGAGUUAAUGCGCGUGCACAGUGCAUGUAUAAAGACAUUUUCAAUGGAUCGCCGAUUUCACGAGUCACCAUGGAAACUCAAAGCGAAAAAAAGAGAGCGGCGUAUUUCACAGAGGCGGAGUUGGAAGUUUUAAUGCAUGCUUAUGAGGAGUUUAAGCCAAUAAUAUUAAAAAGAAGCAAUACAGCUGCAUCGGCUAAAGCAAGAGAGUUGGCUUGGCAAAAAAUAACGGACAGAGUAAAUGCGUGUAAUCCUUCUGGAGCCACAAGAACUUUAAGCCAAGUCAAAAUGAAACACAAAAACAUUCUGCAAAAAGCUAACAGAAAGAAGACUGAAGCCCGUCUAACUGGCGGGGGGCCACCACCACCUCCCCUCACCCCAUCUGAGGAGCUGGCUCUGUCCCUUAAUAAAGGGCGACCAGUGGUUGCUGGCAUUCCAGGGGGCAGUUCAUCACACAUACUAUGCACCACAAGUGAUGGUGAAAAAAGGGUGACAUAUACUGAUGGACGGAUUGUAUUAUUGGACUCUCCAGAAAGAACACAGUCUGUCACAGUUGAUGAAGAUGAUGAUGACGAUGAAGAGACCACAUCUGCUGUGACAGAAGUGGACAAUGCUGGUAGAUCCACUGAGUACAUACCUAGGGAUUUGCCCACAGAUGAGGGUCCUUCAGCCUCAGCACACAAUCUAAGCAGGUUGCCAGCAAAGGAGCUGUAUAAGGUCCAUCUUCAAAAACAAAUAAGAAAAAGUGACAUGGAGAUGGACCUUAUACAGCUUCAAAUGGAAGAGAAAAGGCUCCUCAUUAAAAAAGCAGCACUUGAAAUAGAAUUACUUGAGAAUUGCCUUAAGGAAAUGAAGAAAUAAACUGCCUGGCAGACCAGUG